AUGUCUACUCUGCUAUAUAAAUACCAAGUGGAAGCCGUAGCUACCAUGUUUUCCACCACUAUAUUUACUGCUUUAUGGUGCCAAAUCAGGAUCAGUGCACUACUUGCCAGAACAAAAUCAUUCAUGGCAGUGAAGGAAACCAACACAAGCCAAAAUAUUCAGCUGCAGCAGCAGCAACAACAACAGGAACAAGCUUGUGAUCCUUGCAAAUCUUUUGGCCAAAAGUGCAGUCACUUGGUCAAGAAGCAGCGCGCCAAAUUCUACAUUCUUCGCCGCUGCAUCGCCAUGCUUUUGUGUUGGCACGAGCGUGAGAUUAGAUCUGUUUCAACUUUGGCAACUAUUAUUGAGUAG